AAUCCAUUCAGAUUCGUAUCACAUAUUAAAUCUAUAGGUAAGGGGGGAUGGAUGGAUAUAUGUUAGCUAGCAGGUUCAUAUCAUUGUCUCAAUCUCAUACAUGUGAACUACGAAACUUCCAGCCAAUAACAAAGUCAAAUGUCUACUCCCAUUUCCCAUCUCAUUCUGUUCCCAGCAACCCAAAACUGACCCCAAAAUACAAAACAUUUAAACAACCCCUCCCCCCUCCUCCCCAUUCGGUCCCGUCGACAUGUCGUCGCUCUUUUUCUCCGGUCAUAUCCGCUUGACCGUCUUCCUUGUUACCCUUCUUUUCCUUAUACUCCACUCGUCGUCGCAAUCCGACCAACGCCAACUUCUUCUCAAAUUCAAAUCCGCACUCUCAAAUUCAAAAACCGAAGUUUUUAAUGCAUGGAAUAAGGAAACACCCUUGUGCAACUUCACUGGGAUUGUAUGCAACUUCAACAAAGAGGUCAAAGAAAUCAACCUCUCACAGCAAAAACUCUCAGGAACUCUUGCUUUUGAUUCACUAUGUGCUAUAAAAUCACUAGAGAAGUUAUCACUUGGAGCGAAUAUGUUAUCCGGAACUAUUAGCAACCAAUUAUCAAAUUGCACGAGUUUGCAGUACCUGGAUCUUGGGAUGAAUUUUUUUACGGGGGUAGUCCCGGAUUUAUCCCGGUUGUCCCAGCUCAAGUUCCUGAGUUUGAACUUGAGCGGGUUUACCGGACGAUUCCCUUGGGAAUCACUCCGGAAUCUCACCAGGCUUAGUUUCCUGAGCCUCGGGGACAACCCUUUUGAUAAAACUCCUUUUCCUUUGGAGAUACUAAAUCUGCAAUAUCUAUCUUCUCUUUACCUUACUAAUUGUACGAUCGAAGGGCGGAUACCCGAAGCGAUCGGGAACCUUAGUUUGUUAGAGAGCCUCCAGCUCUCUGAUAACUAUCUGGUUGGAGAGAUUCCGGUGGGGGUUACCAAGUUGAUAAAUCUACAAAUGCUUGAGCUUUAUAACAAUCAACUCACCGGGACUCUUCCGGUCGGGUUAAGUAAUCUUGUGAAUCUUGCUGAGUUUGAUGUUUCGACCAACUUGCUUUUUGGUGAUUUGUCCGAGUUAAGAGGCUUGAGUAGAUUGGAAUCUUUACAGCUGUUUGAAAACGGUUUUUCGGGUACAAUUCCUGAAGAAUUCGGAGAAUUUAAAUAUUUGAAGCAGUUUUCGAUCUAUACGAACAAGUUCACAGGUGAACUUCCUGCGAAAAUCGGGUCAUGGGCCGAAUUUGAAUACAUUGAUGUAUCAACAAAUUACUUGACGGGUUCGAUACCGCCGGAUAUGUGCAAAAUGGGGAAAAUGGAAAAACUUCUAAUGCUUCAGAACAACUUUACUGGUGGGUUACCGGAGAAUUAUGCUAGUUGCACUUCGUUGAAUCGGUUGCGAGUGAGUAAUAACUCGCUUUCGGGCCGAGUUCCUGAUGGGAUUUGGAGUUUGCCUAAUUUGGGUAUGAUUGAUCUUGAAAUGAAUCAGUUUGAGGGUCAAGUGGGGCGAAAUAUUGGUGAAGCGAAGUCACUUGCACAGCUUUUUCUAGCGAACAAUCGAUUUUCGGGUGAAUUACCGGUGGAGAUAUCGAAUGUGUCAUCUCUGGUGGAAAUCAGGCUGACCUCGAAUCUGUUUUCGGGUGAAAUUCCGGUAACUAUUGGUAGUUUGAAGAAGUUAAGUAAACUUCUUUUACAAGAUAACAAGUUUUCUGGUGCAAUUCCAGAGUCUUUGGGUUCAUGUGUGUCACUUAAUGAAAUAAAUCUAGCUGGAAACUUGUUUUCGGGUCAGAUUCCAGAGCGUCUGGGUUCGUUAGUGAGUUUGAACUCGUUAAACAUAUCGGAUAACAAGCUCUCGGGAGUAAUUCCCGCGAGUUUGUCUUCGUUGAAGUUGACACUUAUCGACUUGUCAAACAACAUGUUGUUCGGGCGUGUGCCGCAGCCUCUUUUAUUGGUGGCUUACGAUGGCAGCUUCGCGGGCAACCCGGGGUUGUGUGCUGAUGGAAGUAAAGAUCUUCGGGAAUGUUCACCGGUUUCUCACAAGUCGGGUCAGGUUAAACUCGCUAUGUAUUGCUUCAUAGCAGUUGCGGUUGUGUUGAUGUUUUCGUUAUCGUACUUACUCUUCGUAAAGUUGAGUAAAAUCGAUCGUAAAAUUCCGAUGAACCGGGGCGGUUCGUGGGAUGUCAAACAGUUUCAUGUUCUAAAGUUUAGUGAAGAUGAGAUAGUAAGAUCUCUUACACCAGAGAAUAUAAUCGGGAAAGGCGGUUCGGGGAACGUUUAUAAAGUCGAUCUAAAAUGCGGGGAGGAAUUGGCCGUGAAACACAUGUGGAAAUCCGAACCCGAUUCGGGUAGUUGGAGGAGUAGCCGGAGUAGUGCUGCAAUCUUACCGAAAGAAAGAACCCGGUGGCCGGAGUAUGAGGCGGAGGUGACGGCUUUGAGCUCGCUACGCCACAUGAAUGUGGUAAAAUUGUAUUGUUGCAUCUCGAGCGAGGACUCGAAUCUAUUAGUAUACGAGUAUAUGCCAAAUGGAAGCUUGUGGGACCGGCUACACACGGAUAAGAAGAUCAGUAUCGAUUGGAGUGUUCGGUACGAGAUCGCGAUGGGAGCCGCGAUGGGGCUAGAGUACCUACACCAUGGUUGUGAGAGACCGGUGCUACAUCGGGAUGUGAAAUCGAAAAAUAUUUUGUUAGAUGAGGAGAUGAAACCGAAAUUAGCGGAUUUCGGUUUGGCAAAGAUCGUGCAAAGUGGAAAGGUCAUGGAUUCAACCCAUAUCAUUGCGGGAACACAUGGUUACAUUGCUCCAGAGUACGGAUACACAUAUAAAGUAACAGAGAAAAGUGACAUUUAUAGUUUCGGGGUUGUUUUAAUGGAGUUGGUGACGGGGAAAAAGCCGGUGGAGCCUGAAUUCGGAGAAAGUAAGGACAUAGUUUAUUGGGUGCAUAAUGAAAUGAGAUCUAAAGAUGACAUGAUCUCACUAGUGGAUCCUAGCAUUUCAAAAGAUGCUAAGGAAGAUGCAGUUAAGAUGUUGAGCAUUGCGAUUCAUUGCACAAUGAAGUUACCAGCAUUGAGACCGUCAAUGAGGAUGGUGGUGAAAAUGUUAGAAGAAAUCAAACCUUUCUCGCUUACCGAUAUAGUAAUCGAGAAAGGGGGCGAAAACGAAGACUCGCCUUGUAAAAACUAGAGUAAACAAAAACGAUAAUCGUCGAAAAUCAGAACGCUAUCGUUGUGUAGUUUUGUAUUAGUAUCUUCUUUGUAAUAUGUAGUUAAAAAUACAUUUUGAUAUGAAACAAUGUUACAGACGGUAUAUUUUGUUACAACAUUAUUGUUGAAGAUGAUAUUUGGUUUUAAAGCA